AUGAGCAGCUCCCCCGCUCUUCCCGCCUCCGACUCACCAGCUGCUGCUGCAGCUGCUGCUGCUCCCGUGAGUAAAAACGAGCUCAAACGCCGUUUAAAAGCCGAAAAAGCCGCCAAGCUCAAAGCUGAAAAAGCGGCGAAAAAAGCAGCUGGCCCCGCACCAACCACAUCAAAAGCCCUAACCCUGGCAGACGAGGACGAACUGGACCCGACUGCUUAUUUCGCCAAUCGCGAGAAGAUGUUGCUCGACCUGGAAGCCGAGGGCGUGAACCCUUACCCUCACAAAUUCACCACAACGCUCACGUUAGCGGAAUUUCACGCGAAAUAUGACAAUAUCGAACCCGGCACCCACCAAUCCGAUGUCGUCGUUUCGAUUGCUGGUCGACUCCAUAGUAAACGCGCCUCUGGAGCCAAAUUGGUGUUUUACGACCUCCGAGCUGAUGGCAAGAAGCUCCAGAUCAUGUCGGACAUUGGCUCGUACUCGAGUGAAAGUGCGUUCCUGAAGAUCCACAGCAUCUUACGUCGUGGAGAUAUCGUGGGGGUCGAAGGGCACCCCGGCAAGUCGAAAAAAGGGGAACUCUCGAUCUUCCCCCAGCAAGUGACGCUCCUCUCUCCUUGCAUGCACAUGCUGCCCAAAAGUCAUGCAGGCCUAACCCUCCAGCAGGACACGCGGUACCGUCAACGCUACUUGGACCUCAUUCUCAAUGAUGACACGCGCGACGUGUUUUACACCCGAGCCAAGAUCAUUAACUUUAUCCGUCGGUUCUUGGACCAGCGGGAGUUUCUGGAAGUGGAGACGCCUAUGAUGAACAUGAUUGUGGGCGGCGCAACGGCCAAGCCGUUUGUAACGUACCAUAAUGAGCUGCAUAUGAACUUGUUCAUGCGUGUCGCACCAGAGUUGUAUUUGAAGCAAUUAGUGAUUGGUGGACUUGAUAGAGUAUACGAGAUUGGACGUCAAUUCCGUAAUGAAGGCAUUGACUUGACCCAUAAUCCAGAAUUUACUAGUUGUGAGUUUUAUAUGGCUUAUGCGGACUACAAUGAUCUGAUGACAAUGACGGAGAAAUUGUUUUCUGAAAUGGUUAAGGAGAUUACAGGAAGCUACAGCAUUACGAUUCAGAAGGAACCGGGUGAAGAACCUGUCACGAUCGACUUUACGCCGCCGUUUAAGCGCGUGAGCAUGGUAUCUGCUGUGGAAGAAGCUACUGGUAUCACGAUUCCGAUUGAUGAUCCCGAAAAGUGUAUGGCAGUUUUGGAGGAACAAGUUACCAAGUACGAGCUGGAGUGCGCUCGUCCCCGCUCAAUCGCUCGUCUGCUAGACAAGCUAGUGGGCCACUUUAUUGAGGACAACAAGGCAAACUGGACCAAGCCGUUUUUUAUCAUGGAUCAGCCAGUGUACAACUCGCCGCUAGCCAAGUAUCACCGCUCGAAGCCAGCACUAACGGAACGUUUUGAACUCUUCCUGGCAGGAGCAGAGAUUUGCAACGCUUACACGGAGCUGAAUAACCCUAAGGUUCAGCGUGAGCGUUUUAUUGAGCAGAUGGAGCAGGCUGCUGCUGGUGACGAUGAGGCCCAGCCACAUGACGAGUCUUUUUGCACGGCCAUGGAGUACGGCCUGCCGCCUACUGCUGGAUGGGGCUGUGGUAUUGACCGUCUGACCAUGUUUUUGUCCAACCGCUUCAACAUCAAGGAGGUAUUGCUCUUUCCUGCCAUGAAGCCGGACGAACAAGUAGCCCCGGCCCCUGCAGCGGCUAGCGGCUCGGCUGCGCUGAUCUCUGCGACCGGCUCGGUGGCCCUGGACGUGCUGGAAAAGCGUCUCGCGGGGUCCACUUUUGUGAACGGCUCGUCACCCUCAAAGGACGAUACGGCUGUGUUUGAGCGCGUGAAGGUUGUAGGUAAGGAUAUCUUGACAAAGUACCCAAACGUCGAGAAGUGGUUGGACUUUGUGACUGCGUUCCCAAAUGAACUGCGUGCCAAGUGGUAG